AUGUCGGCAGAGUCGUUUUUCAGCCAGUCGAUGGGAUCGUUUAGGUGGUUGGGGCAGUCGCAGGGACAAGAGCAGUCACAAACAGAGGCACAGCCACAGACACAACCCCCGCAAUCGCUCUACGCCACUCUCUCAAGUUCCAUCUCAGACUACAUUCCCCUCAACUCGCAGCACAACUCAAACGAGCAAGAAGCGUAUUUUGCACUCAACCGCUGGGAGCGCUUCUUGGGCUUUGUUAUCUGCCUCAUUGGCAGCGCUGCCUGCUUUCUCCUCUCCUUUUUCCUCUUUCUCCCUAUACUCCCGAUACGGCCCCACAAGUUUGCGCUAGCGUUUAGCAUGGGCAGUGUUUUCGCUCUCCUCGUUGGGCCGCUCAACCACCUAAAACACCUCCUCAGCAGGGAGCGUAUCGUGUUCUCUGUCUCAUACCUCUCCUCACUCUCGCUCACCAUAUAUUUUGCACUCAUCGCCAAAUCCUAUAUCGGCGUCCUCGUCGCUGGUCUCAUCCAACUCGCGGCUCUCCUCACUUAUAUCUUCCAAUACUUCCCGGGCGGUUUGACGACCCUCAAAUUCGGCGGAAGAAUGGCUUUCAGGGGUGCAAGCAAUAUCCUCCCUAUCUAA